CCAAUUAGCUCUUGUGUGAUGAAAUAUAACGCUGAAAUCAAAUAAUGGAAUACAGCUCCUUAGAAAAUGACAUAUCAAAGUAACAGGUCCCCACUGGGACAAACUUCUAAGCAACAAAACAAAGGAUACUGGAUAGGAUACAACAUAUAUGUUUUAAACAAGUAGCUGAUAUUAAAUAACAGCUUUUUGGGCAGGCUACAAAUCUAAGAAAUAAGGUCUAGUCCUAUGGUUCCACUGCUGAUACUUCUUGAAUGGCUCAAACUAGUGAAACAGGAUGCAAGGAGUAGACAAGCUUGAAAAUAUGAAACAAGGAUGGGUUUGCAGGCCAAGAACUGAUGACCAGAUCCAUAAUGGUACAGAGCAGAAAGCUUGUGAUAUUUUAGUUGACAGCCUUUUUGAAGAAGCUCAGAAAGUUGGAGCUAUAUGCACACAAGAGGCUAAAGCUAAAAGUCAAGCUGAUACGACUAUUAAAUUAUGGAAAAAUGGAUUCACAGUGAAUGAUGGUGAACUCCGAAGCUACACAGACGUUGCAAACCAACGAUUCUUGGACUUGAUUAAAAAAGGGGAAUUGCCUCCUGAGUUGCAGAAGAUUUGUGACAAAGAGGAAGUGGAUGUGAAGGUGGAUGAUAAGAAGGAUGAAAUGUAUAUUUUGAGGAAGCCAGUGUUCCAUCCUUUUUCUGGGAAAGGAUACAGAUUAGGAAGUGCUACACCAAGAAUAACUUCUAAAGUAAAAAGAGAUGUUGAAGAAACUGAGAAGAAAAGACCAACUGUGGUGCUAAAUGAUUUGGAACCCAUCACUAGUGUCCAGAUCUGGUUGGCUGAUGGAACAAGGAUAGUACAAAAAUUCAAUGUUUCUCAUAGGAUAAGCCAUGUCAGAGACUUCAUAACAAAUUACCCAGGAUCUCAAGGCAGAACUCCCUUCAUGCUGACCAUGUCGCUUCCAUUUCGGGAAUUGCUGGAUGAAUCUCUCUCGCUGGAGGAAGCUAACUUACAAAAUGCUGUUAUUGUUCAGAGACUGAAAAAAGACUCCGAGCCUUUCAGGAGCUUGUCCUAGCAUUUUCUGACUGUCACAAUGGCCUAAGAAACAACAUCGUAGAGCUGCUGUAGGGGAGACUUGAAGCAAAGACAGAUAGCACCUACCAAAUAAUUGCCCAAUAGAGUUUGCUUCAUCUUCUCCAAAGGCUAUGAAUUAGAUGAGCGACAUUAAUCAAAAGCAAAAAGAAAUGCAUAGCCGUCUCUGUAGUGUGCCAUGUGUAACAUCUCCAGCACCACUCUGAAAGAGUCUGUUCUGAGGUGUUCUCUAAUUCUUUCAACAUUAAGGGCCUGUCUAGAAUGUAAUAAGCAAUAUUUUACAAGAUCAGUCAUCUAAGCUCUGUGUGUACAAGACAGCUGUGCUAGUCUACAGGGAUGUUCUAGGGGAAAUCAUGAGCUUCUGUCUGCAUCUUGAAUUACAAAUGGAAAUGUGUUUGCACUUUAUGUUGCAGAGUACUACUUCUCGGAACUGCAGAUAACAGGACCUGAAGUCAAUGGGAAUUGGGAGCUGGGGGGGAGGGGGGUUAGGUUCCUGGGGCGGAUGGCAAAACAUGCAAAAAAGGGCAGAAAUAAGAGGGGGGAAAGGUAACAUACCAUGCUCUCCAGCUGUCCAGCAAUGCCCCUCAAAACCCCAAUUCGGCCAAUUGCCCGCAAAAAACCACAGAUGUAUUUAUUUAUUACAAAAGAGCCACAAAAUGGCUCAUUUCAGUCAAAUGGAAACAAGCUCUGAGGUCAUUUCUGGCCACAUAGGAAUAGAUACCUAGCAGAUACGUGGAUUUUAACUCUUUUGUAACCACAUAUGCCGAGGUUGGGUCUCCUGUGCCCAACCACGGACUCGUGAAACAAUGGGUGUCGGGACCGUAAGUGACAAGGUCCACCUGUAUAGUCUGAUAUUAUUGUUUUCAUAGUACCACAGCACAAGAUUUGUGGUAGGACAGAAAUAUUUCAAACCCAAGUGUUGCUUUCAAAACCUGCAUUUUGUGUUUACAUUUUGAAGUAGCUGCUGCCUUUCUCAAACAUUUCUGCCAGUUCAUGUCUUAAUUUAUUUUGUGCCAUUGGAAAGAGAUCCAUACAUUGUCUUCAGCAGAAUUUACUUCCAUGUAAGUGUGCAUAGGAUUGCAGCAUUAGCUUGUGACUGACAUAUAGAGCUGCUAUCUCAGAAAGAGAACCAAUCCAAAUGUUCAGGUUCAGGGAGAAGAGCAGCCUUCUGCUUAUAAGUUUGCCAACUGUAGGAAGACCUGGGGCAUUUUCACACAAUCCCACUUACUUUCAGAGCUGGUGCAGUCUCAGUGAAAGGAUGGUACCUUGUUGGAAACUGCAGGUAUGAAUAGAUUCACUAUAUGAGAAGCAUGUGGUUUUGGAUAGCAAACUUGUAGGCUUGCUUUGAUUAUGGAGUUCAUCUAAAACUGGCAGAUGCAUUUUGGAAUGUGCAUGUGCACAGCCGUGUUGUGUGUUUGGGAAAGGAUGCGUGUGUUGGGAAAGGAUGUUGUGUGUUUGGGAAAGUGUUUCUGAACGGAGUGUGAUCAGAUACGUGGUUUUUAAAAUGUUUGCAUGCAGGAAGCAGAUAGGAGUGUAAAGAUGUGUUGCAUAUUUGGUCUUAUCUGUCUUUGUGUCUUAUUUUUGCAGCACCACACUUAAUUUGCUUUUUUUUUAAAGUGUUUCCCCCCACUUAAUGCUCUGCAUUUCUCCAGCACUGCCAGGAUGAGGCUGUCUUGAGUACUGUAAUAGCUCUUUUUUGUGGUCACUAGACAGUCACCUUAUCAUGAUACUAAGGAGAUGGGCUUCUCAGGACUUCAGGACAGGCAAAAAUCUAAUUGCUUGCUUUCUUGCUCUUCUCCUAAGCUUUGACAGGGCUAAGUAGGAUGCUUUUGUUACCCAACAACUUUUCUUUCUUGUUUUGUCUCAGAAGCAGGGUCUUCUGAUUGUGUGAGGUAUGUGUGUGGUUUUUCCUUCCACCCUUCCCACAUUCCCUCCCUUUCCCAAUAGAGAGGGUACCAAUCAGCAGAGAACUGUCAUUCUAGUUCCUAUCUUUUGGUUAUCUAAACAUUGGCAAAAAGAAAAUUGGAACCCCAUCCUCAAGAUGCACUACUUCUCUAAGUCCCAAUACGCAAAUGUGUCCUAUCCCUGUAUACUGAAAAAUGAGAAAUUGGCCCUAUCUAUGAAUUAUCAUUCUUGCUGUACUGCAUAGGAAGGAUUCUUCAAAAGGCACAGGCUGUUUUCUCCAGAACUAGUACAGUGUUUUCUCAAUUAACUCUGUUUUAGAUAAAGUCAGUCCCAGGAGAUUGCCUUGUAUACUCUUCAUCUCCCCCCCCCCCACCUUUUAAACUUUUGAUGGCAUUCUAGCGUAGUUCAUACUGCUGUGUUGAUUUUCCAGUGCCAGUUGCGGUUUUACAGCUGAGAGAUUUUUCUAGAUCCUGCGUCUGAUCAAGGAGUCCUGGGAAUUUCAUCUCCUUGGUGUCACCUAUAGGUUGCCCCUGCCUGGUGAUGACCAAGAGGAGGAGCUAUUCUAGAAGUCAAAACUGCCCCACAGUGAGAAUUGGAAUUCAUAGUGAAGCCCAAACUUCUUUUUUACUUGAAGAACCAGUGUGAAGACCAUUGUCUUCAUGAUUAAGGAUGCAACUUUGUUAGGAUACGUCUAAAAUCAGAUUCAUGUAUUUCAAAGGUGACAUGGCUGCUGAAGAAAAUCUGUGCCUGAGCAUUGUAAUGGGAAUGUGUGCCAGAGCCAGUUGCAUUGGUGAUUCCAAUCCCAGCCCCAGUAGCUGUUAGUGAUGUGGGAAAUUCCCUAUGUAAGUGCACAUUUUCCAUUUAGGCAACCUUUUCAAUCUCAGAAUCGUGUCCCCCGCCCGCCCCAAAUUGCAUUAGAAUAUAUCGCAUCUAUUACCCUAGAUUUUCACUAACGUUGUAACUUGGAAUCACUGGGAAACAUCCAGACUAGUUAGUCCUGACUACGCACCAUUGAAAUCAAAGAGUCAAGUUAGUCAUGACUAACUUAGUUUGAAUGCUGCCCAUUGCUUCAAACUUGAGGGAGUGUUCAUAAGAUCACUCAGUGUGGUUUAACCAAAUCUUUGCUCAGAGCAAAUAAAGUUUUGUAUUUAUUUAAGACAUUUGUAUACACUUUUUUCUAAGCCCAAAAUGUUUUACAUUAAAAAAAAAACAAAAAAAAAAACCUAAAUUGCAAAGUGCUGGAUCCUAAUCUUUGGGGGAGCAAUACUGCAUCAAUAGAAAUUCCUUCUAGAAUCAAAAGGAGAGUUACACUCCUGCAAGGGACCCUUCUCCCAUUCAUGAAGAGAGCUUUCAAUGAUGGAGUGCCACUCUUCCAAAGAUUAGAAUCCAACCCAUGAAUUAUAUAAAAAUACAACCAUUAAUAAUUCAGUUUCACCAAAACCCAAAAGAAAUCCACAGUCUGCUACUAAAAACUACAUCUCAUGGCCAUUAAAAUGAAUAUAACUGCCAGAAACUAUGCUCAACAGAUUAGUUUUUCAAUCCUUCUGGAAUGCCAUCCGGGAGACACAAGUUCUGAACUUGUUAGAGAGAUCAUUCCAGAGCCUCUGAUUGCAGUAAAAGCCCUGCUUCUAACUGCUGACAAUUUCACUUCCCUUUAUGAGGGAACCCACAGCAGGGUUUGACCUGAUGACUGCAGCUAGCCAAUGCGGAGGUUUGGGGAGAAGAGGGUUCUGGAAGUUUUCUCUUAUUUCAGGCUAUUUAAUCUGGAAUGCUCAGAGAACUAUUAAUGCAAUGUAUAUUGUCUCUUUGUGUUAGACACUCUUGCAAGUGUCUGUCUUUUUAGUGCAAGUAUGUCUUUAAAAAAACUCAUUAAGCACAUGGAGGGGUAAUAUUAGCAUUAAGCAAUGCAAAUACUCCCAAGAGAAAUUUUCUCCCAAGAAGAAAUUUCUUUAUAAAAGUCCCUUUUUUUUCUAUAAAGCAUAUCAUUUUUUAUUAAAUUUGUUAAACAAAACAAAUAACAUACAAUUUCUCAUUUCACUGGUAUGUAUAAAAAUGAAAAUUGUAUAGGCUUACUGAAGUGAAUUGGCUACUUUCUGUUUAUAUGUACAGUGACAUCUGUGUGCAUUUAUCAUACAUGAUGGAGCUACAUUCAAGAUUCAUGCAUUUUCCUACGUACAUGUAGGAUAUUUCAUCAUGUGUAGAUCAGACUUUAUGCAUGUGGAGACAUUAACUUUCAUUACAAAAGCACAGUGAAAUAUGCAUGGAACAACUAAAUAGCAAUAGAGUGUGUGUGUGUGUGAGAGAGAGAGAGAGAGAGAGAUUAUAUAUAACCUCUCGUCUGUUGGUUAUGAUAUAUAUCUCAAUGAUAUUGUCUUGGAAUUUGCUUAUUUCUCAUCAACAGUGUAGAAUUAUCCAAUUUAUUCACUUCCGAUAUUAGAACAUUCUGGUAGCUUUUGUUUUUCUUGGCUCUGCUAUAUUUUAUGUGUUUUUCAAAGCAGCCAGUCAUUGUCCUGUGUGUCUGCUAUAGAUCCACAAAAAGGUGCCUACUAAUUUGUUCAUAUAAGUAAGGCCGGCUCUUUUGAAGUUUGAAAGGUUUAUUCCUCUUAAAGGUGAGUACUGGUAACUAUAUGAUAGUUUGCAGACUGCCAGUGACCUCCCAGCCUGAUGUUACUAGGCCAGCUCAGGAUCGGGUUUACCUAGCAUAAUAGUAUGCUUUGAAGUUAGAAACUGUGACAGUUCAUUAGCAGAACACCCUGCAUGCUAGGGACAGAAAGCCAACUGCUUAUUUCUUCAGUAUUCAGGAUUAGAGAAACUUAGAUAUGGUGAACGUGGAUACAGACUGUAGCAGCUAUUCCUGUAACUGUAGUACUGUAUGAGCUUUCAACUGCUAUUAUCAUGAAACUCCAGAGAAUCAGUGUGGUAUAGUGGCUAGUGUCAGACUAGGACUGGAGAGACUCCAAUUCAAAUCCGCUUAGCCUCACUGGGGCAAUUGCUGCUUCUUGACCUAACCUACCUCACAGGGUUGUUGUGCAAAUAUAAUGAGGGAGCAGAACUAUGUACAUAACCCUGAGUUCCUUAGAAGAAGGGCAGGCUAUAAAUAUAAUACCUACAUAAAUUCAAUGGCUGCUAUGUGUUGUGUCAAGGAUCAACCUGCUUUGCUCUGAGGGAUGUUAAUACAAUCCCCUCCACCAUGUAUAACAUUGCAUGGUAAACUAAGUGGCCAGUUUGCGUAUGCAAGUAUGAGAUACCUUCACAGCCCAAUCCUGUCUACUUAAAAGCAAGCCUCAUUGCAACAGAUGGGAUUUAUUCAUCUUAAGUGUACAUUUUGGGACUGCAGCCAGAUAGAAAUCUAAUUUUAGCAGAGUAUGGCUUUCAGCCUAGCACCCUAUUAAUAAAUUAUGUAAGCCCUUGGAUAUGUAAGCCUUUUAUAAUGUUACUGACAUUUAUUUUGAUGUAGCUUUUGGGGGUGACUAUUCAAGUAUUCAUUAGUUCUGGCUAUUAUGUACUCCCAGUCCUGAUCUUUGUAGCAUCACUUGCAUUAAAAUUAAGCACAUGUUGUGUCAGCAGCACUGAACCUUCUCUUACACUAGGGAAAAUUGAGCAGGAGUCAGUCAAUGUAUGUUAACAGCAUUAGGCUUCAGACAAUGAAUGAUCGGUGUAGAUGGAUACAGUGCCCUCCGUACAAACUACUCUGUUGUCUAGAUUGUCAGUCACAUAUUGAAAGCCCUGAUGUAUAGGGGGAGCAUGCAGGCACAUCCCACCACCAUGCUGAUGUGCAUCAUAGAUAAAUGCUGUACUCAUGGACAGUGUGGGGGCAGGACUGCAUAGUACACCCCAUGGGUACUAUACCUGGUAACACCUGAAAAGGACUCACACAUUGAUGUAAACUAUUAAGACACUUAGCCUGGGCAUAGCGCCAUCUUCAUAUAUGCCCAAGACAUACAUACAGUAUCAUUUUCAUAGUUUGCCAGUGUGAUACUUGUUUGGAUUGAGUGCCUUAAUGUAAUGUCGUGCAGCCAUGUCAAAAUAAGUGAAAAAGAUUAACAUGGUGUUUCAAAAAGUUACAGUCAGUUUACACAAAAAGCACAGUACUCGUGUGUUGAGCAAUUGAGAAGCAAUUUGACUUGGCAUAGAAAUUUAUCUUUAUGCUUCGGUUUUAAGAAAACGGUAGAAAACAAUAUAACUUCUUGAGGUCAGGAAGUGGUUGGCAGUGGCUGUGGCUGCACAUAUUUGUCUUUCUGCCUUAUCAAACAUCCCCACUAUCUUUCAGUUGUGGAGGCAACUCUUGUUAGGGUUUACAUUGCACAGCAGUCUUUUUGCUAGUCAUAGAAGUUAUUCUCACGAGCAGCGAAAACCGAGCUAGGGAAGCCCAGCCUGGUUUUCGCUCUGUGUGAGAAUCGCUGGGAGCCACAUGGCUCCCGGUGGCAGCGAGCCCUCUUAAGUAGCCCACUGCUUAACCUGGGCUUGCAGCCAUGGCUGGCCAGUAAUACACUGCACACUCGCUUGGUGCAUUAUUUGGGUCCCGAUGGGUGGAGUGGUGCUUCCCUGCGGCUGACCCCCGGAGCACCUGAGCAAAGUGCGGGAACACCACAGGGAAGCUGCCAUCCCACCUAAAGACCAUUGGAGGAUCAUCUGUGGGGAAGGUAACGUUAAUCUUCCUUCCCCACAGUUAGCCCCAAAGCUCUUCUCAUUUAUCAUGAGAAGAGCUUCAUGGAGGUCAUUCACACAAUCAAAAGCUGUGUUCUACCCGGGUUUGGGAACUGUGUGCUCCCAAUUUUUGGUUGUGUGGAAGUAAGGUAGAAGGAAAACCUGGGUAGAAGUCACUUUUCCCCUUGUGUCCACACCGAAAAUUGGGAGCAUACACAGCUCCCAAACCCAGGUAGAACACAGUUUUGGUUUUUUUUAAUGUGUGGAUGACUUUAUAGUUAGCCAAGAUCACACUUUGCAAACCAGGGAGAUACAACUUAGACAACCAUGCAGUUGACAUUUGGAUAAUGGAGGCUCUACUACCUGAAGUGGCAUUAGUAUUUCAAUCAUGUUUAGACUGGGUAUAGUUAAGUUGAUUAUUCCAGAUUUUAAGCACAGUAUGCUCAAAUUUUUGUUUAACCAUUUUUAGUGCAAUAUUGAAGUGGAAAGAUGAGGCACAAUAUAAAAGGAGCUUUUGUAGAAAUAUUUAUAUUUAAUAAAGCUGAAGUUUGACUGAUUAAAGCACGGGAUUAACACCUGGA